CCAGGCGGGAAGGAGCGCGAGCUGCCGCUGCGGUCCGAGCGGGGCGUGCCGAGCCCCCGCGGCCACCCCGCGUCCCGGCCAUGAGGAGGGACGAGCGAGACGCCAAAGCCAUGCGGUACCCGCAGCCGCCGGACGGGGCCGGCUCGCCCCUCGAGAGUCUGAGGAACGGCUACGUGAAGGGCUCCGUGAGCCCCCUGCGGCAGGACCCCCCGCGCGGCUUCUUCUUCCACCUCUGCCGCUUCUGCAACGUGGAGCUGUUGCUGCCGCCGCCGCCGCCGCCGGCCUCCCCCCAGCAGCCGCGGCGCGGCUCUCCCUUCUCCCGGGCGCGCCUCUCGCUGGGCGCCCUGGCCGCCUUUGUCCUCGCCCUGCUGCUCGGCUCGGGGCCCGAGCGCUGGGCUGUCGAGGCCGCCCGGCUGCGGACCCUGCUGAGCGUCUGCUCGCACAGCCUCAGCCCCCUCUUCAGCAUCGCCUGUGCCUUCUUCUUCCUCACCUGCUUCCUGACCCGGACCAAGCGGGACCCCGGGCCGGGCCGGAACGGCGGCGGCUCCUGGUGGCUGCUGGCGCUGCCCGCCUGCUGUUACCUGGGGGACUUCUUGGUGGGGCAGUGGGGGUCUUGGUCUUGUGGGGACGGAGACGCCGGGGCCCGGGCCCCGCACACGCCCCCGGCGGUGGCCGGCAGGCUGUUCUUGGUGCUGAGCUGCGUGGGCUUGCUGACGCUCGCGCAGCCGGGGAGGCUCCGGCACAGCAUCCUGGUGCUGCUCUUCUCCGGCUUCGUCUGGUGGGUGUCCUUCGCCAGCCUCGGGGCGCUGCCUCCAGCCCUCCGGCCGCUGCUGUCCUGCCUGGUGGGGGGCGUCGGCUGCCUGCUGGCCCUGGGGCUGGAUCACUUCUUCCAAAUCAGGGAGGCUCCCCAUCAUCCUCGGUUGUCCAGUACCGCCGAGGAAAAAGUGCCUGUGAUCAGACCCCGGAGGAGGUCCAGCUGCGUGUCGUUCGGAGAAACUUCAGCCAGUUACUAUGGCAGUUGCAAAAUGUUCAGGAGACCUUCACUGCCUUGCAUUUCGAGAGAACAGAUGAUUCUUUGGGAUUGGGACUUAAAGCAGUGGUAUAAACCUCACUAUCAGAGUUCUGGAGGUGGAAGUGGAGUUGAUCUUUCGGUGCUAAAUGAGGCUCGUAAUAUGGUGUCAGAUCUUCUGGUUGACCCAACCCUUCCCCCGCAAGUCAUUUCUUCCCUCCGGAGUAUCAGUAGCUUGAUGGGUGCUUUCUCUGGCUCCUGUAGGCCAAAGAUUAAUCCUCUCACACCAUUUCCUGGAUUUUAUCCCUGCUCUGAAAUAGAGGACCCAGCUGAGAAAGGAGAUAGAAAACUUCACAAGGGGCUAAACAGUAGGAAUAGUUUAUCAACCCCACAGCUGAGGAGGAGCUCGGGAACCUCAGGUCUGCCACCUAUUGACCAGACUUCUCCAAGGUGGGAACGCAAUAAUGGCAAAAGGCCUCACCAAGAAUUUGGCAUUUUAAGUCAAGGAUGCUAUCUAAAUGGACCUUUUAGUUCAAAUCUACUGACAAUCCCGAAGCAAAGGUCAUCUUCUGUAUCGUUAACUCACCAUAUAGGUCUAAGAAGAGCUGGUGCUUUACCCGGCCUGAAUUCUCCCAGUCAUGGACCAAUGUCUGCUGGCUCUCCAACUAACCGAUCGCCUAUAGAAUUUCCUGACACUGCUGAUUUUCUUACUAAGCCAAGUGUUAUUUUACACAGAUCUCUGAGCAAUGCACCCAAUUCACCAGAUUUUUAUCAGCAACUUAGAAAUUCUGAUAGCAAUUUAUGUAACAGCUGUGGACAUCAAAUAUUGAAAUAUGCAUCAGCAUCUGAACCAGAGUCUGGUACAGACUGCCACAGGGAAAAGUCAGGUGAUGAAGACAAUACCGAUUUCUCAAAAGCAUCAUUCAACCUUACGGAAGCUCAACAAGAAGUGGAAACAAAGAACAGAGACUGCAGAAAAUUACUUUGGGAAGGUGAUAAUCACCUAAAAGAAGAGGCACAGAAUGAAGAGCAGCCAAAUAUUGAACAAGAAGCAUCACGGGACCUGAUUUUAAUAGAAGAUUAUGACUCAUUAAUAGAAAACAUGAGUAACUGGAAUUUUCAAAUUUUUGAACUUGUAGAAAAGAUGGGAGAGAAAUCAGGAAGGAUCCUCAGUCAGGUUAUGUAUACCCUAUUUCAAGACACUGGCUUAUUGGAGAUAUUUAAAAUUCCUACUCUACAAUUCAUGAACUACUUUCAUGCAUUAGAAAAUGGUUAUCGAGACAUUCCUUAUCACAAUCGUAUACAUGCCACAGAUGUCCUGCAUGCUGUUUGGUAUCUGACAACACGGCCAAUUCCUGGCUUACAGCAGAUCCACAAUGAUCAUGGAGCGGGAAAUGAAACAGAUUCUAACAGUAGAAUUAACCCUGGGCGAAUCACUUACAUUUCUUCGAGGAGUUGCUCUGUUCCAGAUGAGAGCUAUGGCUGCCUGUCUUCAAACAUUCCUGCACUGGAAUUGAUGGCUCUGUAUGUGGCAGCUGCCAUGCAUGAUUACGACCACCCAGGGCGGACAAAUGCAUUUCUAGUGGCUACAAAUGCCCCUCAGGCAGUUUUGUACAACGACAGAUCUGUUCUGGAAAAUCAUCAUGCUGCAUCAGCCUGGAAUCUGUAUCUUUCUCGUCCAGAAUACAACUUCCUUCUUAAUCUUGAUAAUGUGCAAUUCAAGCGCUUUCGUUUUUUAGUCAUUGAAGCAAUCCUUGCCACAGAUCUUAAAAAGCAUUUUGAUUUCCUUGCUGAAUUCAAUGCCAAGGCCAAUGAUGUAAACAGUAAUGGUAUAGAAUGGAGUAAUGAAAAUGAUCGCCUGUUAGUAUGCCAGGUGUGCAUCAAACUGGCAGAUAUAAAUGGCCCAACAAAAGUUCGAGACUUGCAUUUGAAAUGGACAGAAGGCAUUGUCAAUGAAUUUUACGAGCAGGGAGAUGAAGAAGCAAAUCUUGGUUUGCCCAUCAGUCCCUUCAUGGAUCGUUCUUCUCCUCAACUAGCAAAACUCCAGGAAUCUUUUAUCACUCACAUAGUGGGUCCCCUGUGUAACUCCUAUGAUGCUGCUGGUUUGCUACCGGGUCAGUGGAUAGAAGCAGAAGAGGAUGAUGAUACUGAAAGUUGUUACGAUGAAGAAGAUGGUGAAGAAUUAGAUACAGAGGAUGAAGAAAUAGAAGACAACCUAAAUCCUAAACCACAAAGAAGGAAAGGCAGACGGCGAAUAUUUUGUCAGCUAAUGCACCAUCUCACCGAAAACCACAAGAUAUGGAAGGAAAUCAUAGAGGAAGAAGAGAAAUGUAAAGCUGAUGGGAAUAAACUGCAGGUGGAGAAUUCUUCCUUACCUCAAGGAGAUGAGAUUCAGGUCAUUGAAGAAGCAGAUGAAGAGGAAGAGAGACAGUUGGAAUAAAAGAAAAGGCAUAUUGAAGAAGGCCCGAGGGCCGUGCUCAGUGUCGAUGUCAUUGCCUAGUGCUCACCACGCUGACUUGGAACUGCCUGCACCCAGGUGGACAGGCCCUAACACUGUGAGAGGAUCCCUGCUGUGCCGGCAGUUUCCCACUCCCAUGCACUUUCACCACACGGACUAAAAGUAUCCUUAGAGCUUGGUUUCAGUUGACUUGUGUUGCCAAGCCCUUACUUAAUGCCUUUACUGGUGUAUAAAUAUUAAUACUUUGUCAUAAUACUGCUUUGCUGGCUAGAAGGCUCUUAUUUUUCAUGAGGGGGGAGCUAUAACUAAAAACUCAAGUGACUCACUUUAGUUUCCUAAGUGUCCAGAACUUUUUCCUUUCUUGAAGACAGGAUUAAAAAACAGCAACAACAACAAAAAAAAACGGGAAUUCCCUGGCAGUCCAGUGGUUAUAGGACUCGGAACUUUCACUGCCAUGAAUCCCUGGUAGAGUUCAAUUCCUCGUCAGGGAACUAAGAUCCUGCAAGCCGAGCAGCGCAGCUGAAAAAAACCCCAAAAACAAAAAACAAAAAACCCCACCAAAAAACAGGAUUCCUAUUGUACUUCCAAAUGUGUCUUUUAUGUCUUUGAAUGUUUGGGGGGGGGAAAGUCUGUGCCUAUCUAAAAAAAAGAAAUCCAGCGUGGCCUUUCUGAGGGAUCUGUUCAAUGCAGUAUACUGUUCAGUGCUGUUCUCCAGCGAGGUUUAUCCAUGAAGGACUGAGUAACCUUUGUUAUAUUUAACAAAAUCCAGGUGCAUCAAUUUUUGAUGCUUUUUACUGUUUUUUUUUUUUUAAUCUACUAUGUGUGUGUGUUCUUUCUGCUCAGAGCAUUCAGGUUUGCCGUGGACAUCAGAAGUCUGAAUUCCAGUCUUACUGACUUUAUAUCCCAUGGUUGAAUUUUAAAGCUGUUUGGGUUUAACAAUGAAGGAAUUUUAUUCUUUAGUCAAAACUGUUCUUAUGGGCUUCCCUGGUGGCGCAGUGGUUGAGAAUCUGCCUGCCAAUGCAGGGGACACGGGUUCGAGCCCUGGUCUGGGAAGAUCCCACAUGCCGCGGAGCAACUGGGCCCGUGAGCCACAACUACUGAGCCUGCGCGUCUGGAGCCUGUGCUCCGCAACAGUAGAGGCCGCGAUAGUGAGAGGCCCGCGCACCGCGAUGAAGAGUGACCCCCCGCUUGCCGCAACUAGAGAAAGCCCUUGCUCAGAAACGAAGACCCAACACAGCCAUAAAAUAAAUAAAUAAAUAAAUAAAUAAAUAAAAAAAAAAAAAAAAAAAAAAAACUGUUCUUAUUUUAACUCUUGCUCAGGAUUAGUAUUUUUAAACAUUUAUUUUAAUAUAAACACAGCACAGAUUUGUCAGAAGAAAAAAAAUUGUCCUAAUAUCGAUGUUAACCUUUUAUGAAAUGAGCAUUAUUCUCUCUUCUUAAAUUUGAGACUAAUUAAAGCCAAGGAAAAGGAGAUGUCUGUCUUUCGCCUUAGUACAAAAAUCAAAUGCAAUUAAUCCUAUCAAAGAUAAAGAACAAAUGAAAUAGCGUGAGCUCUAAAGGUCACAUACAUUGAAUAAAUAAUUGAAUAUGUGCUUAAUCUUUAGAUCCAUAUCUUGGGUGUUGUGUGUUACUGUAAAACUGAUGCUCAUCUUUCUGUUACUUUCCUUCUGCCUUGAGACUACAUGAAAUGACCUAUGACUACUCAAUACUUCUAGAGCUCAACUGCAAGUCUAAUUUCUGAGAUAAAGUAAAUGGUGGGAGUACUUAAUUUUUAUAUUAAAAAAAAAUAUUUUAGUAAAUCAUUUUACACAAAAGCACAUUAAGAUAAUUACAAAGAAAAUGGGCCAUAUUUACAAUGUUUAUAAACUUGUUAGGGUCCAGAUAUAUACCCUAGUUGUGAAAAUUUUUUUGAAGAUAUAAAGUGCAGCCAGAAUGAUAGCAAGACGGUAGACCAAUCUUUUCCAUUAUUUUUGG